CUUGAGUAGGGUCUGACGUCAAGGCCAGUAAAUUGGAACGAAGUGUUCUGACUGACUGUCUUAGAGACUGUCGCAGGACACGAGUUCUUUUAGGACGGCUCUGUCCUACAAGAUCAUAAAUAGUAAUCAAGUAUGUGUUUGUGACCUACUAUGAUCUCCUUGCGAUUGGUGGCAACAAGUUAACCAAGGAGCACCAUGGCGUAUCAAUAGUAGAGAGAGUCCUUGCUCAAACUCAUGAGGUGAUUGUAGAUACCCAUUAAGGCUCUCACAUUCACGAACAUGUUGCUCAAGGCCACCGAUGUUCCCUUAUAUGUCAGGGAAGACUCCAUCACCACAGGCUAUCGACAAAAUCUUUCUUAUAAAGGUUGUUUGAACAGUUGGUUUUGGCUUCACAACGAGACCGUAAACAUUUGGUCCCACUUCCUUGGGUUCCUCUUCUUCUUGUAUUUCCUGGUCAGGAUCUUGUUGUGUCCUCCAACCAACGUGCAAUCUCACUUUGAACUCCUCCCAAUUAUUAUUCAAUUGAUCUCUUAUCAGUUCUGUAUGCUCUCAUCGAGUCUUUUCCAUACAUUUUCGUGCCACUCUGAGAAUGCCCACAAGUCCUGGCUUCAAUUUGAUCAUUUUGGCAUUUUCUUUGCUCUGUUCGGCACUUAUAUUUCGUUCAUCUGUGAUACAUUCACUUGCCAUCCAGGCUGGAAGACCCUGCAUCUUUCUGUGGUCGUUUUUAUUUUCGCUGUGAUCGGCUACCUUCGAUAUUCACCCACUCUGGACUCCAGUCCACGCACCACAAAGAUUCAAUUAUUCUUCUUCGUUGCAAUGGGCAUGUAUGCCCUUAUUCCAUUCGCGCAUUGGGCGUGUCUUGAAGGAGGGUUAUCGAGUUUGGCAGUUCAGAACAAAUUGAAUGCCAUGAUGGUGCCAUAUGGAAUAGCCGGGAUUGGCCUUUGCUUCUACGUAAGCCACUUUCCUGAGAAGGUGUUUAACACAGGUCAAGUGGAUGUGUUUGGCGCCUCUCAUCAAGUUUGGCACGUUUUUGUUUUCGUUGGCAUGGUUUACUGGUAUUUGGAAAGCGCCCACACGCUUUUCUCUAGGGCCUGCUCCCCAUUACACAUCGUGGAUGAUGUGGACAUUCCAAAACUUCUUCUCAAUUCAACCACUGCAGCUCUUUCCUUAGUCAAGGGUAUAUUCUGACGCCUGGAUCAGCCGCAAAAAAGAUAUUAUGAAAAUAAGAGAUUAUUUGACAUCCUAGAAGCAAAGCAUACACCCUAAACUUUACGAAGUGGUCCUGAGCGUCCAACCAACCAUCAUACAAGUUAGACAGUAUCUAUGGUUGUCCCCUUUUGCAAACCAGAGCAAUAUCUACCUUUUCGCAAUUUACCUUAGAAAACUCACAUUAAACAUUUAAACCCACUUACGAACUUCUCAAUCACUUAAUUCAAGUUCAACGAAGACUUAAUUGAUGUAAGCUAGUUGAUAAUUGUUGGUUUCUUUAUCAAUUUAUGAUUAUAAUGGGUCAAUUCCGUCUUUCGGAAUUGGAAGACGAAAAUCACAGUAUUGCACUACUGUAUCAAGGUUGGUGACUCAUUGAUAGAUGAUUCAUUCGAUAUUUAUCUCACAUAGUAGUACAUCCUUGAAUAAAAGAUGACAAAAUCGA